AGCGUCCUCUCUUCGUCGAGAUCGACUGAGCUCGAAUUCUUUUGAUAGCAUUCUAUUCGUUUAACCAUGACGUCUUCAGAAGACCAAGCAAUUGGCUUGAUUUGCAAGAAGUGCUUCCACCGAGCACUGUGGCUUCCGCAGACUGCCAACCAUCCCAGACUUAGAGUCACGUACUCUACCACCACGAACUUUGACAAUGUCAGUCUACCUGUGAUAUUUUUCAUUCCGCCAAUGUUUGGCUGCCGGUGGAAUGCCUUGCACUUUAACAAGCUGGCGAAUGACUGCGGCGUCAGGGUUAUAUUCGUCGAUAGACCAGGCUUUGGGGGCUCGACACCUGUGACACUCGACAUUCGUGUGGCUGUCUGGCUAGAGACGGUGCCAGUUCUACUGCACCAACUCGGCGUCGAACACGUCUCGAUCGUGACCCAUUCAGCUGGAACGAUUUACACACUCAACACGUUAAUUCGGUACCGGGACAUCCUCGAUCCAAAGAUGCCGUAUGUAGCGUUCAUGGCCCCUUUCGUACCCAAGGCUUACUCGGGGGCGACUGUUCCUUCGCUCGCGUCCAAACUUCCGACCAAUGCUCUUGACACCUGGGCCGGCAUCAACUCAUUCGUCAACAACAAGAUCAUGCCCAGUGUAUCUUGGUCCGGAGGUCUCAUCUCGCCGUUGUCCAACGUUUUCUCAUCCUCUGCCGGUACCGAAGUUCCCGGUGCGGAGGCGUCGAAUUCUACGACGCUCGUCGAACAAUACGGCUUCGACAAGGAUACCGCCAAGGUCAUCCAGAAGUUUGCGACAAAGUGGCAAUUCGCAGAGCCCAACGAGGGCGGCAACGAAGAGGCCAAGCUGUGUCUCCAGAAAUGCGACGACGCUGCGUGGGUUGAGGCGGCGGAUUACUCGGGCUGCAUUCGGAAGAUAGCCGACAAUGAGGGAGCCCUCAGUGGGAGUAAAAAUGCACCCGGAGUGGCCAAGUUGAAGAUCGAUUCAUUCUUUGCAGGGUCGGAUAUGAUGAUCGCCAAACGUGGUCAGGCGUACUUUGAGCAAUGCUGGCAGGGUGAUGAGGUCAGUGGGAAGGUUGACUUUGUCACGUCGACGUAUCCCGAGGCGAAUCAUGACUCUUUGCUCGUUGACUAUAAAAAGGGUGCUUUGAAAGAUGUGUUUGAGAGGGUUGCUCGACUCAGCAGAAACGGAUGAUGGUGUUGAUGAUCUGUGGCUGAAGAAAGUCACCAGUGUGCUCUCGGCUGUGGGAAGGCCUCUCUUGAGACGUUGAUUAUACUGCAACAGGUGUACACCAUGACUGAGCUCGGGUCGUCAAUCCCAAAGGAGAAGGGCGAUCUAUGCAAUUUUCCGCCUGGCCUGGCUUGACCGACGCUUGCGGGACAGCGCUCCGGCCCUGAUUGACUACGAGCACUGGAACACAAGAGCCUCCAGGCGAAUGGGGAUAUUCCCAACGGGACUCUUGUCGCAUCACGACUGAUCUCGGAGAAGAGGAACAUGGCCGUUACGGUAUUGCAGAAGCGGACGACGAGUCACCGUGACUUGGGUUUGGUUACCAGCCAACGACCACCGGCUACCGAUACGAAUCAUGGCUCACUGCCGUGUCGAUUGGUGUGCAAGCAUACAACCAAGAUUCAAUUCGGUUGGACAAGAAUGGUGGCGGGGUGUACCGUGUGGGCAUUGCUUCACUCUUCACACUUUACGCGAGGUUCUUUUUGUGUAUGGAAACGUGUACCGUCAAUGCACCAUGCACCAAGCCAUCAUCAUCAUCAUCAUCAUCAUCAUCAUCAUCAUCAUCAUCAUGCACCGCCCUCGCGGUUUGCACUCGAUCAAGACCCGUCGACCGGUGAUUACCGCUUGGGCACGGCUCCCCCGAAGUUGAGGCGCACCCGGAGUGCAAUACCAACUAGUAUUGGCCGGUGACAUAUCUACGCAGAUUACAAACACAUACGGAGUACACACACAGACAAUUCUACUUCAUGCAUGUGUCAUCAUAAAGACAUGGACCGAAUCAGACUCGAUCAAAUAUCUGUAUUUGUAUGUACGGGGUAGAUGUUGGAAUGUCACCGUUGAAAUGUCAUAGGUCCAUUUAUUGUAAUCAUACACACGCGUGGGUGGCUGUACACUCGUACAAGUAUUCCUGCUUAUUAUCGUGUCAGCGUUUGUGUUGUCUCCAAAAGAGCUAAGAUACUCUCUUUUUCUUUCGUAGUGGUCACCGCCGUUUUUCCGUUAAUACGAAACGAGUCUUUUUUUUUAUCU